AUGAAACUGAGAGAACUGUGGAAGCUGGAUCAGUAUUUUGAACUAAUAGAUCUGGAACAUGGCUACUUCAUCACUCGGUUCUUCAAGAAGGAGGAUUAUCAAAAGGUCUUAGGGAAGGACCAUGGAUGUUUGCCGAUUGAAUAUUAUGUUGAAGACUUUCUCAUGAAAGUGGGGAAUAUAGUGGGGAAGGCGGUGAAAGUGGACAGCCAAACUCUGGAAGUGACUAGGGGGAAGUAUGCGAGGAUUUGCGUUGAAGUGGACUUAAAAAAGCCACUAAUACCAUUUAUUUGGGUGAACAAUGAUUUGCAAGCAGUUGAAUAUGAAGGGCUAGAUGCGAUCUGUUUUGAAUGUGGCCAAUAUGGCCACAUUGCUUCUAACUGUCACAAGAAUUCCAACAAUGCAGAGGGAACGGAUGCACAGGCUAACACUGUGACUGGGGAGGGUCAUCGGACAGAGAGGGUAGUGCCGGAGGCCAACCCCUAUGGGCCAUGGAUGCUGGCGAAACAAAGGAGGUACAAGCCAAAAAACAGAGUGCAAGGUUUUAGGCCCCAAGAAGGAAGUGGACUGGGAACUGCCAAAUUCGCUAAAACUAUUGGAGAAAACCGUGAAGGGAAGAAGAAAAAUUUUUCAAGAAAAGGAGACAAAGCCCAGGGUGGAGUACAAGGGCGGUAUGAACAAGGGGAAACAAGCAUGACACAAUUUGGGAAGAAACCACAGGAGGAGCGUGAAGGCCCAAACAGUUGGGGAAACGGUUCAGGAUCUAGGUUUAUGGCUCUGAACGAAAUGGAAUCAGAGGGGCUAGCUCAAGAAAAGGCAACUUCAAGAGAUGUCCUGAGGGAUAUCAUUAACGCCAUCCCAAUCCCACCUGAUGGAAUAGUAUUCAAGGGAACAAAGUCAGCAUUGAGCAAACAAGGGAAGGAAAUAUCAAGGCCAAACAAGAAGGUGGAAGUUCUUGCCUUCAAAAAGCAAAAAACAACAGGAGCAAAAACAGGAGGGAAGAGCGAGGCAGGCCAACAUGCUAUUAAGUUUGUGGUUAAGGAGAACCGAGAUGAAAUCUGUAUUGCUUUUACCCUAGGAGUUAGCAAAGAAGGGGUGGAAUGUAAGCAAGGUAAGGAGAGGGAAAGUUGGUAUCAAAUGGUAACAGCCACUGACGCGCUGGAGCAGGAGAAAGCAAAAAAUCUGGAUCCAGGGGAGGGUUGUGGUAUUGAGGGCUUUCACCUAACAAAUCAUGAGUUCCCAGCUCUUGUAAGGACGAAUAUUAGGGAUCAGACCCAACAUCACAAGGUGGUGACCAAUAUUGAAAGCAGGGGAUUUUCAGGAGGAAUAUGGAUGUACUGGAAUGAUCGGGAGGUGGAAGUAGAAAUAGUAUCUACUAACUGGCAUAUCAUGAAUGUGGUGGUGAAAAAUAGAGAUGGGAAUGAAUGGUUGAUGUUGACAAUAUAUGUCUCACCAGAAGUAGAGUUGAGAAAGCUGCUAUGGAAGUACCUGCAGGAACUUGGAGAGAAAGUCAAUGGUCCAGCUCUUACAUGGAACAACUGCAGAGAGGGAGGUGCCAAUGUUGGGAAAAGACUAGAUAGAGCGUUGUGUAAUGGGAUGUGGAAUCUGGAUUACCAGAGGGCUAGUGUUACUCAUCUUACAAGAACUCACUCAGAUCAUCAUCCGAUAAGAGUGAAUACUAAGAAGGAGGAUGGACAGAUGGGCAGCAGCCCGUUCCGGGUAGAGAAUGCUUGGUACACUCACUAUGAUUUCUACAAUCAGGUAGAGCAAAACUGGAACAAUAAUAAGGAUUUGCUGGAGAAUGUGAAGAUAUUUACAGAAAAAAUCAAAAACUGGAUUAGGGAAGUAUUUGGUAACAUUCUUAGAAAGAAGAAAAGAUGCCAUGCUAGAAUUAAUGGAAUCCAGAGGAGUCUUUCACGAGCACCGUCUAUUCGCCUGCAAAAACUUGAAGAGGAAUUAAUUGCUGAGUAUAAUACAAUCCUAGAGCAAGAGGGGAUAAUGUGGCAUCAAAGGGCAAAGGUGGAGUGGUUGAAAUACGGGGACGGAAACACGAGGUUCUUUCACUUGUCAACUACUAUUCGCAGGUGA